AUGGAGAUAAUUGUUAUCUAUUCCACUCAAUCUGUAAGAUUUAGACAUUUAGGCGUGUUAGGAUCAAACAUCAAACGAAGAAACACUUAUCUCAUUUCAGGGCUCGUUAAAUUUUCUGAUUCUGGUAAAAUAAUGAUGGAAGCUUCAGACAUCGAUUAUCAAAAGCUCCCGCUCUAUAAUCUCAAUACAUUCAAUAACCAAUCCUUCACCAAUCGUGAUGGCGCCACAGCCUCUACAUCAUCAUCUAACAUCUUUCCUACUUUUACUUACACCGAUAUGGGAGUCAAUUCAACUUCUGAUAUAAAAGACUAUCCGAAUUCAGGAACAGAGAAGAAUGAUAAUCCUCAAACUAAUCACGAAGAAGUACUGUUUUCCGAUAAAAAUAACAAGUCGACAGGUGAAAAUGAGGAUGAAGAGGAUAAAGAACAACCUAAAAAGAGAAAACAGAGCGUCAGAACAAUUAAGAUAAAAAAGAAAAAGAAAGCUGUAAAAUGA